AUGUGGCGUUGGUUCACCUACGAGGAAGAAUACCCGGGAGCAGAGUCGAAACAUGAUUCAAACCACGUAGUCGCACGCCAACCCAGCAGCAGCAGCAGAGGGCGGCUUUCCGCUAAAUCCCCGCAUAGCGGCAGUAAUGAUGGCACCGAGGGCGACUCAGACGUGGCACCGACGCUCGACACCUGGAUCCACCUGCUUACUGGAGGCAUGGGUGACUAUGUGCGCCAGAGUUCGGGUGGGCCGGCCGCCCUUGUCGCUGCGUUUCGAGGCUACCACCUCCGUGAGCGCCUACGCCGCCUUCCCGCGAGGGAGGUGGAGAAGCACAUAUUGGGCUUGCACAACAACGCUAGCGGCUUCCGGCGGGUGGGCCUCUUCUUGCUGUUUUCCGGGCUGUACUUCACGUUGGUAUUCUAUGUGGCUUUCCAGCCCUCUGUGCAGCAGGCGCUGAGGGAUCAUGUUGCCGCAGUGAGUCUCGGGGAGGGGGGGCUGGGGGCGGGGCAGCCGUGGCAAUCGUUCUAG